AUUUACCUUGUUGAUUCUAUAGCGAAGUGCUGCCGAAGUGAAACGAGAUCACCUCGCCGUUCGAGCUCGUGGUAUUUCAGAAAAUUUCUAAGUGUUUUACUUCGGUCAUCACAAGAGCAGGUAAUUCCUUAAGCUCAGCUUCUGAUUUUGGAGUUUAGUGAUUGGUUUUAGAUUCCAGUAGAGAACGUUAGGGGUAGGUUUGAGAUCAAAGUAGGAAGUUAACUGUUCUCAUCCUACUUGUAGUGAGUCACGAAAGAUGUCAUCAGAAGAGACACUAAGUGUUGGAGGUUGCGAGGGGGAGCAAGAACUGAGCUUGACCAGUGGGAGUAAAGUGGAGAGCUCAAGGAGUGAGAGGAGUGGGGGGGUUGGAGGUGAGGUGGUAGAGGUGGGGGUUCCUCCUAAUGUGUUAGAGGUAGAUUCUGAUAGGGCCAAGUUCUAUAAUGAGGAGGAGGAGGUGGUGUCAGAGGUGGUGGGGUACGAGAGUAUGUGGAGGAGGAGGAGUGACCUCUCCCACCUAGUAGAACAGUAUGCCAUUCCGGGGCACGUUCUACUUAGGCCGGUUGGGGAGAGGGAAAGGGUGUGCUCGGCUCCAAGGGAUCAUUGGAUGCCGGUGUACGGGCACUACUUAAUAGCCAGGCUAAGGUUUCCACUGCCCGAGCUGCUAGUGGCGCUGGGGUUGACGCAGCUCGUCCCCAACGCAGUUCGGCUCAUAUUAGAGUUUUUGGUAUACUGCCGAACUCGAGGGGUAGUCCCCACAGUGAAUAUAUUCAAGUAUUUUUUCUUGAUAAAGGGGGGUAGUAAUAAGGAGCGGGGGUGGUUUUAUUUCACACCCCGGGUGGCUGGAGGAGGGGGAAGGAACCUGCUCAGCGCAGGUCCUUCAUCUAUAAAGGGGUGGAAAGAUAAAUUUUUCUUUGUGGAUGAUACGAAGUGGGAGAAAUCAGAGGUAGAGGUAACGGAGCUCAGUAGGUGGAAGAGGAAGAAGCCGAAUCCGAAUCAGUAUUCGCUGAGCUCGGGGGAACGAGAGGAAGUGGAGAGGUUGGAGAGAAGAGGUGAGGAUUUACUGGACAUCAUGCAUUUCAGCAGUCCGGCGAUGUUAGAGGCGGCAGAGGUCUAUGGGCCGAGCUCUAUGACUAGAGAAGAGAUGAACCGGUUGAUGUCCAAGAGGAAAACGGUAGCACUACCGGAGAAGAGGUCAAAGGCUCUGGCCGCACCCUCAGUGGGGGAAAUGGUGCUUGGUGGGACUUCGAGGUCUGGCUCGGAGGGGAGUGCUCGAGCUGAGGUGGGUCCUAGCUCGGAUCAGGGGAGGAAGAGGGCUGAGGAAGCUGCAGCCCAGAAGAGAAAGAGGGUGGAGGAGGUGCAGCAGCCCCAAACCGAUGCGCUGAUCGAGUUCGUUCCUCGACCUCCGCCGGUGCAGAUUGAUCCAUCUCUACGCGAAGUGGGGGUGGUAGGGCAUGGGAAAGGGAAGGAGUCCCCUGUUCCUAGGCAGAAGUCAAGCUUUUACGAAAGUACAAGCAAGACGGCUGCCAAGCGCUUCAUCAGGUCCACUUUUCCUGAGGUGGAUCUCAACAGAGCCCGGCAUCAGGUUGAGGAGCAUGGGGGCUCCGGAGUAGUGCGCCACGCGCUCGAGGAGAGGAAUAACCUGGUUGACAAAUAUGACAAGCUCAACCUGCAGAAGCAGUCGGCUGAGCAGAACUUCAAUGAUCUGACUUCAGAGCUCGAGAAAGUCAGGGAGGAGUUGGUUUUUGCCAAGGCAGCCACCGAUGCUGAGGUGGAGAAGAGGAGAAUAGCCGAGGAAGAGCUAGCGAAGGCGCGAGGGGAGUUGGCUGAGGUGCAGAGGAGAACCGAGCCUGAGGUGCAUAACUUGGUUGAGAAGCACGUCUCUGAGUUCGUCAAUUCGGAGACGUUUUUAGAGAUUGUGGACCUCUUCCGCAUGCCUACACUGGCUGGGGUGGAAGAGGAUGGGGAGAGUAGAACAGCUGAGUUCCGGCCAGACAUAACUCUUAGCUGGGAGCAGGACGAGGCUGGACGAACUGUGCUCCCCCCACGUCUCGAGUACGAGUUCGUCGCCGUGGACGAAGAGACCGAGGCUCCUGCAACUGCCGAGGUCGGAGAGACCGCGGCUGAACAAGAGGUGGAUCAGCAGCAUGUGGUGAUCGACUGACUUUGGCCUACUCCCCUCUAUCUUUUUUUUUUUUUUGUAAUGACAAUGUACUAUGUUUAAUAGAAUUAAUGAAAAGGAAAGUUUUUAUAUUUCAGUGCUUUUGUAUGGGUGCGUGAGUUCGUAGUUCUAGAUAAUAAACAUUAGAACGUAAU